UGCCGAGGAAUAAGUAUUUAAAGGGAUAAUGAGCAGUGAGAAACCUACGGACAAAAUGUUGGAAGACGAAGAGAACUCGGUGACUAUGCUUGAUGUUCUCCAAGAGGAAAACGAUCUCGAGGAGGAUGUCAACGCUGUUCUCGGGGCCUCCGAUGAUCAGAAUUGCACCUACAAUAAAGGAUAUAUUCGGCAAGCUUUAUAUGCCUGCAAGACGUGCUGCAGUAAAGGAACGAGGGCUGCCAUUUGCUUCGCUUGUUCUCUUCACUGUCACGAAGGGCACGAUCUCGUCGAACUUUAUACUAAGAGACAAGUUAGAUGCGAUUGUGGAAAUACAAAAUUUGGAGACAAAGCGUGCGGUCUUGAAUCCUCAAAAUUACCUGUAAAUACCGACAACAAGUACAAUCAGAACUUUGACGGUGUUUAUUGCAUUUGCGCAAGACCUUACCCAGAUCCAGAUGAGACCGAAAGUGACGAAAUGAUUCAGUGUGUAAUAUGCGAAGACUGGUAUCAUUCAAAGCAUUUAGGUAACGGAGAAAAUCUUCCUAAUGACAAUGAUUACAGUGAAAUGAUCUGUGCUGGAUGUAUGAAAUCUCAUGAAUUUUUGUGGCGAUAUGCAAUUAAGUACUCUGUGUCUAAAAGUAAGAAAUGCCAAACCAAUAAAGAAGAGAAAUUAGAUGUCGUAGAAAACAAAAAUGGUUGCAUUUUGCCAGAGAGUGAUUUUCCUAAAAAAGAAGGAAGUUGCUUUUGGAUCGAAGGUUGGAGAUCAUCGUUAUGUACUUGUGAUAAAUGCAAACAUGUUUACGAAGAAAAUGCAGUAGACUUCUUGCUCGAUCCCUUAGAUAGUGUUCAAGUAUACGAAGAGGCUGGUAAAGUAGGUAAAAAAGAAACUCAGUACGAAAAAGGAAUGAAAGCACUUGCUUCCCUUGGUCACGUUCAGCAAUUAAACGCCAUCGAGGAGUACAAUAAUAUGAAGGAAAAUCUAAAACAAUAUCUUCAAAAAUUUGUCGAGAAUAAAAAAGUUGUACGAGAGGAGGACAUUAAGGAGUUUUUCUCCGAAAUGAAGUCACAAAAGCGUCCGAAGGUCGUUGUUCCGACUUUCUGCCGUUAAAAAGAUUCGCGUGCCAGGCGCGAAUAAUAGAUUAAACUUUGUAAAGGAAUUUAUUUAAAUUGAACGAAAUGUCAUUUGUAUACUGCAUUUUACAAAACUGUCAAUGUGACGGAGUAUUUUACUUUUUUUGUUUUUUUCAUCAUUUUUUUU